AUGGGUGCUCAAUACAGUAAUUUAGGUGAUUUAAAAUCAAACGAUUAUUUAAUACGUUUUGUUGGUGAAGAAUCUAUUUCUGCUAAUGAUCCAUUUUGGAAUCAAUUUUUAUCAUUUCGUCUUGUAUCUCCCUUUACAACUGCCCAUUCAAAGUUGAUUGACGAAUGUUGUUCGAUAUUGCUGCAACACCUUGAAACAAACAAUCCAAAAACGAAUAAUUAUGGAACACUGAUUGAAGUAUUUAUUCGUCUAGCAAAUGAAGUUCGUGAAGAAUGUGAAGAAACAUAUUCCUAUCCAUUACAUCUCGAGGUGUUAAACACAUUACUUGCCUUAUUAUCGAUUCAAAUGUGUGCAAAAGAAGCAUCAUUAAUUAGUGCUGUUUACAACAUAUUUAUGCAUCGUCUUGAUUCAUUAUUAGUAUCUGAGUUUACUCGUAUGUUACUGGAACAUUAUAUCAAACAAAUACCUUGUCCACAGUCACUUGCUCCAACACUUGAAGCAGACAGUGGAGUACUUUAUAAACUUGGACAAAGUGUUGCAUCUAGUUUAUGGUCUGUUGUUACGCUUGGUCUUACCUCAUCACCCACGACAGUUACUCCUAAUGAUCGAGAUGUCAAUAGUAAUUCAAUCUCAGAUAUUCCAACAGAUCUUCAAAAUCGUUUAUUAUCGAAUCAAAGUAUACAUUUAUUAUUAAUAUUAUCAAAUCAUUUUACAAAUGAUGCACACAGAAAUCCAUAUAGAUUGGCAUUACUACAUUUUACAGAAGAUAGUCCUACAAAUUUACCAGAUUCUGAGCCUUUACCAUGGUUUUCAAUUGAUUAUCGUCGUUUGUACGAUGUAUUAUGUCGUACAGUUCACACUGAUCAAAGUACACUAUUACUGUACAUGUUAUUACAUCGAAAUCAACAUUUUAAGGCUUAUGUUAUAUCACAAACAAAUAUCGAUCAAAUAGUAUUGCCUAUUCUGCAUGUGAUUUAUGCAGCACAUGAACGCAGUUCGCAUCACAUCUAUAUGUCAUUAAUUAUUUUAUUAAUUUUAUCGGAAGAUGAUUAUUUUAAUAAAACAAUUCAUGAUAUAAAAUUAAAGAAAUUAACGUGGUACACUGAACGUUCAUUAAACGAUAUAACAUUGGGUGGUUUAUUAGUGGUUGUUGUGUUACGAACAAUUCAAUUUAAUAUGACACGUAUGCGCGAUAAAUAUUUACAUACAAAUUGUUUGGCCGCUCUCGCUAAUAUGAGCUCACAAUUUCAACAUCUUCAUUCUUAUGUUACACAACGUAUUGUUAGUCUCUUUAAUCUACUAUCACGUAAACAUUCAAAAACAUUAGAUUUAAUUCAAUUACAUUCAAAACAACAGUCAGCAUCUACAUCAGCAUCUUCAACUACUGCUAUUUCAACGACAACAGAUCAAGUUUUAAAUGAUCAUGUUCAAGAUUUAACAAUCAUUGAAGAUGUUAUGCGUAUGGUAUUAGAAAUAAUCAAUUCAUGUUUGACUCACACAUUGGUUCAUAAUACAAAUUUGAUUUAUACUUUACUCUAUAACAGAGAUAUAUUUGAAGCAUAUAGAACACAUCCAUCAUUUCAAGAUAUACUACAAAAUAUUGAUACUGUUAUUGUAUUUUUUACUGAAAGAGUUAAUAAAUUAGGCCAACGUUCAGUGGAUUAUGUCAAAGAAGCAUUAGACUUGGGUGCACGACAAUUUCCUCUCGACCGUUUGAAGAAAUUUCCUGAAUUGAAGUUCAAGUAUGUUGAAGAAGAACAACCAGAAGAUUUUUUUGUGCCGUAUGUGUGGACAUUAGUUUAUAAAUCGUGUAAUUUGUAUUGGUCAUCCGAAUUUAAAGUACGAAUUAGUAUGAGUGGCAGUGGUACUAAACCAGUUCCUCAUCAAAUACCAACACUUCAGGAUCCAGAUUAUAUUGUUCAAAAAAAAAUUGAUUUAAGACAUAUAGCUAAUAUGAGUUAUCAAAUGCAUGUACCGGAUUCAAUUACAGUUGGACCAAAUCGUUCAAAUUCACCUCAUCUCCAUGACGAUAUACCAGUGAGAAUGGAAGUGCCAGACAGAUUAAGACCAGGUGGAAAUGGAAGUAUGGUACUUUUAACCGAUUCUGAUUUUAAUGACAAUUUUUAUCAUAAUCAAGAAACAUCGUCACCAACAACAACUCAACAAUCACUACCAUCAACAAUGAGACAGAUGGAUAUUGAACCAGAAAAUGACGAUUAUUAUAAGUCGAUGCUUGAAAAUCAAUCAUUCUCACAACAAUACGAGAGAACUUUAUCAAAAACACCAAAUAAUAGUACUGCAUCAUUAUCAGAUGCAUGGCAUGUUGAACCCUAUGGAAAAGACAAUAGUUUAAAUCUUGUCGACAGUAAUAAACAUUUAAUUGAAAAAAUUCAACUGUUACAAAAUCGUGUACAUCAAAUAGAACGUUCACUACAACGACGUGAUUUUCGAGAUCGACUGUUAUACUCAGUUGUGUUUGGCUAUGUUCUUAUACAAGCAUUAUUAUCUGUGCGACGAUCUAUUUUAAAUUAA